AUGCAGACUUUAAAAUGUGUUGUCGUGGGUGAUGGUGCUGUUGGUAAAACAUGUCUAUUAAUUUCAUACACUACAAAUCAAUUUCCUGCUGAUUAUGUUCCCACUGUGUUUGAUAACUAUGCAGUAACAGUUAUGAUUGGUGAUGAGCCUUAUACGUUGGGCUUGUUUGAUACUGCAGGUCAAGAAGAUUAUGAUAGGUUAAGACCACUGUCGUAUCCAUCUACAGAUGUGUUCUUGGUUUGUUUCAGUGUUAUUUCUCCACCAUCUUUUGAAAAUGUCAAAGAAAAAUGGUUCCCUGAAGUACACCAUCAUUGUCCUGGUGUUCCUUGUUUAAUUGUUGGUACUCAAAUAGAUUUAAGAGAUGAUAAAGUUAUAAUUGAGAAAUUACAAAGGCAAAGAUUACGUCCGAUUACUCAGGAACAAGGUCAUAGACUAGCUAGAGAACUAAGAGCUGUUAAAUAUGUUGAAUGUUCUGCAUUAACACAACGUGGCUUGAAGAAUGUGUUUGAUGAGGCUAUUGUUGCUGCUUUAGAACCACCAGUUAUUAAAAAGAGUAAAAAAUGUACUAUUUUAUAA